AUGUACCAGGAGUGUGGCGCCAUAAUGUACCAGGAGUGUGGCGCCAUAAUGUACCAGGAGUGUGGCGCCAUAAUGUACCAGGAGUGUGGCGCCAUAAUGUACCAGGUGUGUGGCGCCAUAAUGUACCAGGAGUGUGGCGCCAUAAUGUACCAGGAGUGUGGCGCCAUAAUGUACCAAGUGUGUGGCGCCAUAAUGUACCAGGAGUGUGGCGCCACAAUAUACCAGGAGUAUGGCACCACAAUAUACCAGGAGUAUGGCACCACAAUAUACCAGGAGUAUGGCACCACAAUAUACCAGGAGUAUGGCACCACAAUAUACCAGGAGUGUGGCACCACAAUAUACCAGGAGUAUGGCACCACAAUAUACCAGGAGUGUGGCACCACAAUAUACCAGGAGUAUGGCACCACAAUAUACCAGGAGUAUGGCACCACAAUAUACCAGGAGUGUGGCACCACAAUAUACCAGGAGUGUGGCGCCACAAUAUACCAGGAGUAUGGCACCACAAUAUACCAGGAGUGUGGCACCACAAUAUACCAGGAGUAUGGCACCACAAUAUACCAGGAGUGUGGCGCCAUAAUGUACCAGGAGUAUGGCACCACAAUAUACCAGGAGUGUGGCACCACAAUAUACCAGGAGUAUGGCGCCACAAUAUACCAGGAGUGUGGCACCACAAUAUACCAGGAGUAUGGCGCCACAAUAUACCAGGAGUAUGGCACCACAAUAUACCAGGAGUGUGGCGCCAUAAUGUACCAAGUGUGUGGCGCCAUAAUGUACCAGGAGUAUGGCACCACAAUAUACCAGGAGUGUGGCACCACAAUAUACCAGGAGUAUGGCGCCACAAUAUACCAGGAGUAUGGCACCACACUAACCAACUCACCUUCCUAA